AUGGCUUCUACUACCACCAAUGAAAUCAUCCAACUCAAUGCUCCCACACACUUUCCCAUUAAACUCACUACCAUCAAUUUUCCAGUUUGGCGCCGACAAGUUCAUGCUACCCUUGUUGGUCUCAACCUCCUGGGCUAUAUUGACGGUUCCACCAAGGAACCCACCGAAUACACGGAUCCUGCUCGAACCGUUCCCAACCCAAGACAUUUAACUUGGUACAGUCAGGACCAAAUCAUUGUUGGUGCACUUCUGGGCAGCUGCACUGACACAAUACAACCACUCGUUUCAUCUGCUACGACAGCUUAUGAUGCAAGGCAACGUCUGGUUGCUAGUUAUGCCAGUGCCUCUAGAGGACGCAUUAUUUCCCUCAAGGCAAAACUAACUAAAAACCCGAGAGGUUCUCGGUCCAUCGCUAUUUACCUCAAUGACAUGCGAGCCAUAGCCGAUGAUCUGGCGUUGGCUCAGUGUCCUGUCUCUGAUGACGAUCUAAUCGUCUACAUAUUGACGCAGUUGGGGGAGGAUUACAAUUCUAUCAUAUCGGCUAUUCGCGUCCAUGAAAAGCCUAUGUCCUUUGGCGAGUUACCAGAAGUGCUGACUGACCAUGAACGCCAAUUGAAGGGUGUGGAUGAAUUGCAUCGUCUUUAG